GUUGACCAAUCGAUGAGAAAAAGUGUUCACCUAUCGACGAGAGUGAAGGGCAAUUAUUUUUAUUCGUUACAUUCUGUUUCAAUAGUUUUCUGUCAAUCCCGUGAAAUUAUUUUCAUACGAAUAACGCCAAAAUGACCAACUUAGUUACAAAAAGUUCCUACGUUCUGGAGACGUUGGGAAAGAAGAGCCCUAAGGUAAGUGUAAAAGUUUUAAAUUGCAUGACUGGGUCAUUUGAUAUCUCAAACCAAACGAAUCUAUAUAGGUGCCUAAUUAAAAUGUAUAUUUAUAUUUUUUAAGCUUUUCGCUGCAUCGUUACCUGUGUGCCCUCUUUGGAAUAACAGCCAACCACGGCGUAACCUCAACGUUCAUGAACAUGUUAGCUAUUCAUUGCUUAAAGGCGGGGGCAUACCUGUUCCUAAGUUUGGUGUAGCCAAAACCGGCAAGGAAGCUGCUGAAUUAGUCCGCGGUCUUGGAAUCACAGAUAUUGCCAUUAAGGCUCAAGUGUUGGCUGGUGGUCGUGGUUUAGGUCAUUUUAAAAAGGGUUUCAAAGGCGGUGUUAAAAUGGUUGAUACGUGAGUUACAGUUUUUGAUUAUGUCACCAAUAUGAAUGUACUAAUGUAUAUUUACACUAAAAAUGUUACAAAUUCAGUGCAGAAGAAGCAGAACAAGUAUCAAACCAUAUGCUUGGAGAUUAUUUGAUUACAAAACAAACCGGAGAAAAAGGUCGUAUUUGUAACGCUGUCAUGGUUGCUGAACGAGUAUACGCUAGGAAAGAAUUCUACUUUGCUGUCAUGAUGGAGAGAGCUUUCGGGGUAAAAUAUUUUAACAAAUAAUUUACUAUUGAAAUUCACUGGACUAAAAUAUUAUUCAUAGGGUCCAGUUUUGAUAGCAUCUUCACAGGGUGGAGUUAAUAUAGAACAAGUUGCUGUUGAGAAUCCUGAUGCUAUUUUGUAUAUGCCAAUUGAUAUUACAAAAGGUAUUAAUGUUUUAAUUUAUUUCAUUUUAUCUAAAUCUUAAUCCCUCGUUGACAUUGGGAACAGAAAUUAUUUAUAAUAUAAUUUCUUACAUUGAAACUUCUUUUAAAAUAAAUGUACAAAUGAUUCAAUAAUUAUUAGGUAUUUCAAUAAUUUAUACACGAUACAAAUAAUAAUAACACAAUGUUGUUUAUUUACAAUUAUAAAAAUAUCCUAAUUACUGUAAAAUAAUAUUCAUUUAAUUUUAAUAAUUGAACCUAUUAAUUUAUCUGUUUAAAAGUCAUUAUUUUACUUAAAUUAAUUAUCAAUUUAAUCAUUAUAUGCAUUUAAAUCUGACCCUUUAGGUUAAAAGUAUUAAAUGUGUAUUAUGAUUAUUAUACAAAUAAUAUUUUAUGGAUUGUGAUAUUAAUUAUAGGUCAAAGUAUUUAAAUCAAAGUGUUUAUUGGUUAAUCAAAAAAUACUUGGUUAGGAAUGAAGUGAAUUAUUUUGAUACAUUUGAGUUGAAUUUAUUUAUAGUGAGCUGUUCAUUUAAUACUUUAUAAAACAUAAAAAAAUAUUUAAAUAUUAAAUGAUAAUAUUUAAAUAUUCCAAUCAUUUACAGAUACCUACUACUUACUUUGCAAAUUUAUUACUGAUAUGUUACAAUUAGUAAUUAUGAUUAGCUUUAUUAUAUUGAAUUGUGACAAAUCAAAAAUAUUUAUAUACUCACUCAUAUACAGUUUGUGUAAAAUAUUUUCUUACAAUAAUAUAAAGCAUAAGUGUAAUGUAUAUACACCAUGUGUAAAUUAAAAAACUAUGUGAUUUAUUUUAAAUUUGAUAAUAAUAAUACAAAUUUUAACUAAAAAGGAAAAAAUUCCUUUUAAGGUAAAAAUAACUAAAUAUUUCAAAAAAGUUUCACAAUUGAUUUUGUUGUUACAUGAUUCAAAUUUUGUGUUUAGAAACUUACGUUUUACAGUUACUUAAAUAAAUAAAUUUACUAUUUAUAACUAGUACCUAUAUUGAUAUAUAUAUAUAUACUUAUAUAGGUAUUGUAAUAUUAAUAAUUUUAAAAUAUAAUUAAACUUGAUUUUUUUUUUAUCAGGUAUAUCUAGAGAAAAUGCUUUAGACAUGAUCACAAGAGUUGGAUUGACAAAAAAAAAGGAUGAAACCGCAGAUGUAAUUUUAAAGCUGUACGAUUUAUUUUUGGAGAAAGAUGCUCUUUUAAUUGAGGUUAAUCCAUAUGCCGAAAGUAUUUCCACCGGAGGAUGUUAGUUCAAUUAGUUUUAAAUUUAAUUAUAUUCAAAUAUAUACAUUAUUAUUUAUUUAUAGAUUUCUGUUUGGACGCCAAAUUCCGAUUUGAUGAUAAUGCAGAAUACAGACAAAAAGAACUGUUUGCUUUGCGUGAUUUGAGUCAGGAGGAUGAAAAAGAAGUUGAAGCUUCAAAACACAAUCUCAACUAUAUUGCUCUCGAUGGUAUUAUACAAUAAUAUACAGCUAUACAUUUAAAUAUUAAUUUGUAUAACUUUUUGUGUUUAUAUUUCAGGUACUAUUGGUUGUUUAGUAAAUGGUGCUGGUUUGGCUAUGGCAACUAUGGAUAUAAUUAAUUUGCAUGGUGGUAAGCCAGCUAAUUUUUUGGAUGUCGGAGGUGGUGCUACUUCAAGUCAAGUGAAAGAAGCCUUUAAAAUUAUCACGUCUGAUCCUAAAGUAUGUUAAUAUUCUCACUUUAAAUUAAAUAUAUUAUAGAUUUUGAACUUUGAUUUACAUAUAAAAAAAAUAUGUAUAUAUUUAUAUAACAGUUAUAAAAAUUGUAAAGCGUAAGUUCACAAUUUCUCUAAGAGUAAUAUUUAAAAAUAUUUAUUAUUAUGAAAAAAAAAAGUAAUAUUGUGAACCUAAAGUAAUAAAUAAUAAUACAUAAUGUAAUAUAAUUGAAGUUUAUUUUGAUAUUAAAUAUUGAUUAAACCAUCUAUAUAUUACUGAGCAAGUAGAAAAAAUAAAAAAGUUCACUAUGGUUGCUAAGUCACUUUCAUUAGUAGGGCCCAGAACUUGAUCUAAGCUUUUUUAAAAAAUGCUAAAAAGUAAUCUUUAAAAUAUUUAUAUUAUUUGAAAAAAGUGUUAAAAGACUCAAGAAUGUACUGCAGGUUCUCCACUUCCCAUGACUGUCACUUGGGGGCAUAUGAGGGGGCGCUCCCUGUGAAAAAUUAAUUUAUAGUCGACAAUUAUAAUAAAAUUACUGAGUAGUCUGACAUUUCAUUUAUUUUACAUUAACAGGCAAUAAAUAAAAUCAUUUGAAUUUGGUUAGCAUUGAAUGUAUGUUGCAAAAUAUUGUAGAUUGUGGGAUUUCACUGUAUAAAGAAUUGGAGCAAUAAUUUUUGUUGAAAACUUAAGCUAUAUAAAUUUUAAAUAAUGAAAUUAUUACGUGGUAAUUUGAAAAAAAUUAUUAUUUUUUUUUGUUUUUUUUUUUUUAAAUUAUGAAAACUACUCCAGAUAUCAAUAAAUAACUUUUUUGCUAUGCUUCAAAUCUAAAAUGCAAAUAUACCUACAAAAAGUAGAAAAAUGAUUUAAAUACAUCCAAAAAAAUGAUUAAAAGAAAUUACCUUUUAACCAAGAAAUACCAAAAAAAAAAUCAAAAUGAAAUUUGUACCAUUGAAUUCUGCGUGACCCAAGUCAAAUUUCUAUAAAGAUGAGGCUCGAAUAAAAUUAUUUAAAAAAUAGAUGCAAAUGCCCUAGUUAUUAGAUUGUCUAUACUCAGUCACAAUAUAUAAAAACAAAAAAUUGGACUCUAGUCUCAAAAAAUGUUCAUAAUAUAUUCUGAUCAAUAAACUAUUGACAUGUAAAUUGUUAAUAAUAUAAUGUAUUGAAAGUCUUAUAAAUUAAUUUUUAAAUAUCUAGGUCUGUGCUAUUAUGGUGAAUAUUUUUGGAGGAAUUAUGAGAUGUGAUAUAAUUGCUGAAGGAAUAAUUGCUGCUGCUCAAGAAUUAAAUCUAAGUGUGCCAAUUAUUUGUCGUCUACAGGUAUAUAUUAACCAACAAAAACAAAAAUUUAAUUAAAUAUCAUACUAAGUUCAAAGUUAUUAAUAUAUAAUAUUGUUUUUAAAUUACAUAGGGAACAAAUGUAGAUGAAGCAAAAUUACUUAUCGCACGUUCUGGUAUGAAAAUUUUGCCAGUUGAUAAUUUGGAUGAAGCCGCUCGUUUGGCCGUAAAGUUAUCUGAAAUUGUGAAUUUAGCUCGUGAACAACACUUAGGGGUCAACUUUGAAAUGCCCAUCUGAAAAAUAAAAACAUACAGUAAUUACUGAUACGUUAACUUAUAUUUGUUCUUUGUGAAUUUUGAAAAAUUUGUCUUUAGAGUAUAUUAUACAUUACAAUUUAUUCAAUGAAAUAAAAUGUAUAAUAUAUCCUUACUAAAAGCUUUAAUUAUUUAUAGGUGACUUAAAAGAUUUCUACUUUGAGCUUUUUUAAUUUUUGUUAGUUAUUGGACACUUAUGAUUAAUCUUGUUGACUAUUGUUAAUUUUGUUUAAAAUAGUUCUAUAGUAUUUAAUUUAUUUAAUCAGUUAAACCAGUUGUUAUCUUAUACGAUGUUACAUUCAUAACAUUUUAAGUUAAUUGAUUAAAUAUUAUAACCUUAAAAUGUAAAAGAGUGUAAUAUAAACUAUCUUAGGUUAGUUAGCCUUUUUUUUUUUUUUUUUUUUUGUAGUUAACCUUGUUAUUCAUAUUUAUAAUAUUGAUUUUAUUUAAUAACAAUAUUUUUUAACUAAUUUUAAUUAAAAACCUAAUUUUUGAUUAAAAUAAAAGAAACAAAUUUCAGUAUUACACUAUGUAAAAGUCUUCUUAAAUGAGAUAUAUAUAUAUAUAUUUAGUUACAUAACAAAUAAUUUCUCAAGUCAUUUAAACUAACAGCGCUUUUAAUUUAAUUAAAUAAAUACUCGACAGUACAGAAUAAUUAAUUUGUAAAUUAUAGCUGCAAAUGGUGUGUUGAUUCUGUAAUGUAUUUUCUUUAUUCAUCUUAUCCUUUUCUCUUUUUUAAAACACAAUAAAUGCAUAAAUGAAUUGUUAAAGAAAAUUUAGUCUUUGAAUCUUUAACCAUAUAUCAUUUUUUUUUUUUGGAUAUAGAUAUGUAUUUGUAUGUGUAGCUACUGAAAUAAUUCAUCGGAUUAGCAUUACCUUAAACAUUUUGUAUUAUUUAUUAUUAUUUUAGUAUAAUUAUAAUUGAUAUUGUUAAUCCUACCUAGUAUUGUUGUAAAAUGUCACGGAUAAUAAUAAUAAGUUUUAUUGUUAACCAUUGUCAUAAUUAAUAUUGUUGCGCCUGUUUAUUGUGAAAGAUAAUAAAAUACUUUGCUUAAAAAUACCAUUUUAGUCUUAUUAUCGGGUAGUAUGUUAUGUUGUUCAAAAUAUAGGUACUCAAAUAAUCUUUAGUUCCUUUGUU